AUGUUCAUGUUCUGUUGUUUCUCAAAGACUAAACAUACCGAAUGGCUUCCUCCAAUUGUAAUGAGUCAACCAGUUCCAUUCUCAACUCCAACAAGACCCGAAUUCAAAGUUGCACCGGAACCACCACAAGGGAAAGGACCGUCCAUAAUCUAUGAGAACCAUUUUAACAAAAAUGAAAUGCCAAUUGGUUUCUAUGUCUCAGAUCUUUCAGGUAGUCAAGCAUAUCCAUCUUGA